AUGAGUGCGUCAGUGGCCGUGUACAGGAAUAUAUACACAGAGGAUCGUUUCAGACAGGCGUACGGAUCAGAGGGUACAGCGAGCGCGAGAGGACGGAUCCGCGACAGGAUUUCCAAGCGGUGCAGGUGUUCCCAGGUUGCCUGUUUCCACCUGUUGAAAGAGCGGGUGCCCAUUUUCGACUGGCUUCCAAAAUACAAGCUGAGGAAAUGGAUUUUAGGAGAUAUUGUGGCGGGUCUCACAGUCGGUAUACUACACAUCCCCCAGGGAAUGGCUUUUGCUUUGUUGACGUCGGUGGCUCCUAUCUACGGGCUGUACACGUCUUUCUUCCCUGUGGUUCUCUACAUGCUGUUUGGCACUGGACGCCAUGUGUCCACUGGUACCUUUGCAGUGCUGAGUCUGAUGACUGGCUCUGUGGUGGAGCAGCUGGUUCCCAUGCCCCUGGCUCUCAACGCCAGCAGCCCAGAGGCGGAGCACUUUGAGGCUCAGAGGAUUGGAGUGGCCUCUGCCGUGGCCUUCCUCUCAGGAGUGAUGAUGCUCUGCAUGUUUGGUCUUCAGUUGGGUUUCCUGUCCACAUACCUAUCGGAGCCCAUUGUUAAAGCAUUUACCAGUGCUGCUGCCUUCCACGUCACUGUCUCUCAGCUUCAGAGCAUGCUGGGACUGAGGCUUCCUCGUCACGCUGGCCCGUUCUCCUUCUUUAAGACCCUGGCCUCAGUGUUGGAAAACCUGCCCUAUACCAAUGUGGCUGAGCUGAUUAUCUCUCUGGUGUGUCUGGCAGUAUUGGUGCCAGUAAGGGAGGUAAACACACGUUUCCGUGACAAACUGCGUACUCCCAUACCUGUGGAGAUCCUUACGGUCAUAAUUGCAACAGGAGUUUCUUACGCCUCUUCUCUGGACUCCACUUAUGACAUUCAGAUAGUUGGCCAUAUUCCUGCUGGAUUCCCUAGUCCACAGAUGCCAGCUUUGCACACCUUGCCAGACAUUGCUGGUGACACAAUUGCCAUCACGUUUGUUGGCUAUGCCGUAUCAGUGUCACUGGCAAUGAUAUACGCUGAUAAGCAUGGAUACUCCAUAAACCCCAACCAGGAGCUGCUGGCACAUGGAAUCUCUAACACAGUAUCAUCACUCUUCACAUGUUUCCCCAGUUCAGGCACACUUGCUACGACCAACAUUUUAGAAAGUGCAGGAGGUUACACUCAGCUGUCUGGCCUGUUUACUAGCAUUGUGGUCCUGGUUGUGCUCUUGCUUAUAGGACCUCUGUUCUACUUUUUACCCAAGGCAGUUUUGGCAUGCAUAAAUGUAACCAGCCUGAGACAGAUGUUUCUUCAGUUUCAGGACCUUCCUGACCUGUGGAGGAUUAGCAAGAUUGAUUUUGUGGUGUGGGUGGUGACAUGGCUGUCAGUGGUGGUACUUAAUGUGGACUUGGGUCUUGCCAUAGGAGUGGUUUUCUCCAUGAUGACUGUCAUCUGCCGCACACAGAGGGCUGGCUGUGCAGUGAUGGGAAGGGCCUCGAACACAGAGAUAUACAGACCCAUUGACCAUCACAAUAAGUGCUAUGAGGUGCCAGGGGUUAAGAUUGUGACCUAUAACGGGCCGAUCUAUUAUGGGAACCGCAGCUUCUUUCGAGCUGACAUAAACCAAAUACUGGGCCUCACACCGGAGAAGAUCCGCAGCAGAGAGAAAGCCAGAAAGGCUCUGGAGAAGAGAGAGAGAGACGCUGUCAACACAGUGGAAAGAGGAGUAGCAAACACAUCCUUUUCCUCUGAGAAUGAGUUCUUCAAAUCAGAGAUGGCUGAUAAUGAUGUCCAGGCAGUACUAAUCGAUUGCAGCAGUGUGAUUUUUGUUGAUGUUGCUGGAGCUAAACUGUUCAUUCAGUUGUGUGUAGAGUGCCAGAAGGUUGGUGUUCCUGUAUACUUGGCUAACUGCAAUGAGAGUGUUCUGAAGAUCCUCACCUCCAGUGGUCUGAUGAACUAUGUGGGUCCUCAGCACAUCUUUGUGACAGUCCAUGAUGCUGUCGUCUACCUUCAGCAACAGAGGGAAAAACCUCCAGAGAACACCAGUACAAUUUGGGUGUGA